CCGCGGGGCCGCCACCUCCCGCCGGUGGAGUCGGUUACAAAGGCGGCCGCGGCUCGCGGAGGCCGCGCGCCCCUCGCCAUUUUCCCCAGCCGCGCUCCGACGCGGGUCGUCGUCGUAGCGGGAAAGGCGGAGCCGUGAGAACGCGGCCCCGGGCCGGGCCCCGCGGGGGCGGUCGCGGCUGCGGCCGCCGUGACGGCGACUUCAGGUCAGACGCUUCUCCCCACACCCCUCCUUCCGGAGAUGAGGGGAAGAUGUCGGUGUCAGGGCUCAAGGCCGAGCUGAAGUUCCUGGCGUCCAUCUUCGACAAGAGCCACGAGCGAUUCCGCAUCGUCAGCUGGAAGCUGGAUUGCGUGUGCAGAUUGGUGUGUCUGUUGGUGUAUGUAACAUUUCUGUCUCUGUCACAGGAGUCUUACCCAUCAUCCUCCCCAAUAUGGUUUGUGGACUCGGAUGACCCAAACCUAACAUCAGUUUUGGAACAUCUAGAAGAUAACAAGAACAACAAUUCGCUUCGUCAGCAAUUGAAGUGGUUGAUAUGUGAACUCUGCAGAUUAUAUAACCUCCCUAAACACCUGGAUGUUGAGAUGCUAGAUCAGCCACUCCCCACGGGUCAGAAUGGAGCAACGGAAGAGGUGACCUCAGAAGAGGAGGAGGAGGAAGAGAUGGUGGAAGGUGCCGUGUGUGGUUCAGUGCAAGCUUCAGAUAGACUCAUGAAAGAACUCAGGGACAUAUAUAGAUCGCAGAGCUACAAAUCAGGGAUGUACUCAGUGGAGCUCAUAAACGACAGCCUGUACGACUGGCAUGUGAAACUACACAAGGUGGACCCCGAUAGUCCUCUGCACAGCGAUCUUCAGAUCCUAAAGGAAAAAGAAGGCAUAGAAUAUAUUUUGCUUUGCUUCUCUUUUAAGGAUAACUUUCCGUUUGAUCCUCCCUUUGUUCGAGUGGUGUUACCUGUUCUCUCAGGAGGGUACGUGUUAGGUGGUGGAGCGCUGUGUAUGGAACUUCUCACGAAGCAGGGCUGGAGCAGCGCCUACUCGGUUGAGUCCGUCAUCAUGCAGAUCAACGCCACCUUAGUCAAGGGCAAAGCUAGAGUGCAGUUUGGAGCAAAUAAGAAUCAGUAUAAUCUAGCAAGAGCCCAACAAUCCUAUAACUCCAUCGUGCAGAUCCACGAGAAGAACGGCUGGUACACUCCUCCGAAGGAAGAUGGCUAAACUGUGUUGCCCAUCUUGUCUGCACUGAUGUUGCUUUCAAGAUCUUCUCAGCAUUCACACUCAGCGUUGAGUGCCAGCCACUGUGACCGCAGCACCUACCGAAGACUUUGGCCGCUGCUCCGCUGGCUGCCAUCAGGAUGAGGGACAGCCUUGCCCGCGCUCACGCCGGCAGCGGGACCGAGCAGCGGGCCUUCACUGUAUUUUUCCUGAUAAAUAACACAUACUGCCACUCCCGAUCAUCUCUUUUUCUCGAAAAGUGAAGUCUUUUGAGCAGGCAAGUCUGCAGCCACCGCCAGCAGCGUCUCCACCGCGUCCUGGACGGAAGAGUUUGCAGACUCUCUCCCAUUAGAGCCAAUAAAAGUGUGAAAGAUGUUCAGUAUUGGUUUAGAGAAUUGUAGAUCUUCUAAGCCAUAGCCUUUUUCAGGUCUAACACUACUUGAUUGCCAAAAUAGUGACAGGAAACCCUAUUAUUAAAAUGCUGAACUUGGGGUUUUUUGUUUUGUUUUAUUUUAAUGACCAUGUGAAGAUGGGAGGACAAACCCUUGAGUUGUGUUGUGCUGCUGGGGCGAAGCCCAGGCGAACAAACUGGAGAGGAGAAGGCGGCGAUGGCACAGGCGCAGGCGGGGCUCUGGCUCAGAGGUGCUGCCCUCGCCCCCCCCCCCCCGGCCGAGCCCGCCUCCCCCUGGUCUAGUUCAGUGUUUAUGAAGCAGAGCCACAGGGUAGCGCUUGAAGUCACUGAAAAGGCUUUCCAUGUGAUCACCUUUACAUGGGAUUGCAGUUAUUUGAAAGUCAUAAUCCUGUGAACUGACAGGCAUGCAGACAGGCUCCUUGAAGCAAAGUUGAAAGAGUUAGGUACAAAAAGUUGGCUAAUGUGGAUUCUCAAAAUUGUCUUUGCCCCAGUCAUAGCAGUGGCUUUUGCAGCAAAGAUGGUACAGGAAUGUGACCUGUUCGCGCUCUAAAAAACCUGCCUCAAAUCAGCGCGCCCUCUUCUUCUGUCACCUUACCUGGGUCAGCUUCUCUGGUAAUUUUUUGUUUUUCUUCAUGAACUCAUUUAAAAAUGAAUUGUGGUUAUUAAGCACUUUUACAAAGAAACCAGAAGCACAAUUUUCUGCAGGAAUCCUGUACAGAGUUCCAAAGUGUUUCUUACACAUUUUACUUUCAGAUUCACAUCCAAGACCCUUGGCACUUCCAGGUUAUUACAUGCGUUUCAUUUCUUCUCUUCCUAUGUUGGUGAUGGGGGCAGAAGGUAAAUAUUUUUCUGGCAUUCUUGCUCACUUGGUUAUGUUUAUAUAAGGUUCUGAUUGCUGGUUGCUCAGAUAACAGCUGUGGUGAGGCAGAAUUGAAAUUCUAAAGCAUCAAAGUUCCUUAAACCUAAGGCUAAAUCUUGACUCUAUUCUUAAAAUACUUAAUUUCCUGAUGGCUAGCAGAUUGACAGCUGCAAUUUGGCAUGCUUUUUUUUAAAUUUUUCAUUGCAGACUUAUUUUGGCAAUGUACAGUAAAUUUUGUAAACUUGCAUCAAGUUUAUGAAUAAAGAACCAUUUAAAAUAA